AUGGUGGCGGAGAGAGUGGAGGAAGAGAAAAGGCGGGAGGGGGAGAGAGUGAGGGAGCAGGCGGAGAGGCAGGCGAGGCUGAGGGAGGUGCAUCUGCAGACGCGGCUCAGUCAGCAACAGCAGGAGAUAAUACGCCGGGACAGAGCAGCCAUGGAGAUACACGCGUUCUGGCAGGAGGCGGUGAGGGAGCGCAAUGAGGCGCUCAUGGGGACGAAGCAGGCGCAGAGGGAGCUGCGGAGCAGGGACCAGGCGGACAAGGAGAAGGCGGAAGUGACCAAGGCGUUGAUGCGGCAGUGUGAGGAGUGCCGCAAGGAGAAGGACAGUGCGCUGCAGGCACUGGCGGGCGUGCGGAGAGAGAACGAGGCUCUUGAGGUCAACUUGCAGAGGCAGGGGAAGGUGAUCGAGCGGCUUAUAGACCUGAACUUGGAGCUGGUGGAGGGAAACGAGGCGCUGCAGCAGCGGCAGCGGGAGAUGGAGAGGCGUGCGGGCGAGCUGGCUGCCGAGGUGGAUGCACUGCGGAGACGAGAGGGGGAUGUGGUUGGGGCUGAUGGCGGGGAAGAGGGAGAGGGAGAAAAGGGAGAGGGAGGGGGAGAGGCAGAAGGAGCAAGGCAGAAGGUGGGUCGACAGGCGCAAGAGAAGGAUCAGCUAGAGGGGAUGGAAGUAGUGCAGGGAAGGGGAGGAGAGGAGCAUGGAGCAUGGGGUGGCCGUGCGAGCAGCAGGACGGCAGGUGCGGCUGGCAUGGAUGAGAUGGCAGGUGGGAAAAGGAUGGGCGAGAGGGCAGGUGGGGUGGAUGGUGGAGGGGGUGAGGGGGGUGGCGGUGAAGCAGGGGAGGAGGAUGGGGACGAUGUGCCUGUUCCAGUGUCUGCCUGUGCUGGCCCUAUCGACCCUGCAGCUGCUGCUGGCCAUGCUCAUAAAACCAGCAACCCCGCUGAAACACUCAGCGACCACAGCCCAGGAGUCAAUUCAGGAGGAGGUUCAGAAGAGCAGCAGGAAGGUGAUGGUGGUGCGCGGGCAGAGGGAGGGAUGGCAGCAGGGGAGUGUGAUCGGCAGCAUGCAGGUGGAGGGCAGGGUAAAGGUGAGGUGGGCUUGAGAGGUGAUGGGGGAAAAGGAGGGGCAGGGGAAGAGUCAGCGGUGAGAGGCAGCAGUGGUGGUAGCAGCAGCAGUGGUGGUGCACACACAAUGGAUCACCAGCAAGGCAAGGAGAGGGGAGGGCAGCAGCAGGGAUCUGAGCAAGUGAUUCCGUGCAAGCAAGGGACGCCGAGCGCUGCAUAUCUGAGUUCUGGUUCUGGAGGGGGUACAGGUGAUGAUGACACACUUCCUGCUGCGUUUGCAACUGCAGCUACUCCUGCUUCGGGUGUUGGGGAAGAUAAGGACGAAUUUCUUGCAACAGGGCCUGCUAUAGGUGAGGACGGUAGUGAUUCCCAUUCUGACCAAGCCACACGUGUGGAACAUGUGAGGGACACUGGCUUCAUGGCGGAAAAUGAUAAGGUGAAUGCGGCAUGGCAAAGGAACAACCAGAGGCGACUGGGAGCUGCGUGGAGUGCCGUGAGGGGAAACGCCAAAGGAUUGUUCUCAUACAUUGUAGGAGCCGAUAAGCCAGAAGACGACAAUCCUGAAGCCAAUCCAAAUUCUGGGAGCUACCCAGUCGCUGAUGGGGAAGCGGGGAGCGACCGCGGAGGGGGAGGCGGAGGCGGAGGCGGAGGCGGGGGAUGGCAAGGGGAAGACGUGGAAUGGCAAGGCGGUCCGAUGUCAGACUUUCAAGGCCUUCCGGCUCGGGUAGAACCCGAGCCUGCUGACGUGGAAGGCAUGAAUGUGCCAAUGCCUGAUGUGACUCUACGAGACGAGCUCUCCGAGUCGCUGAUGCCGCUCAAAUGGGUGCUGUUCCCGGAAGCCGACCCGGUACAGCAGUUUCGCGAUAAGACGUGGAAGGAGAAGAUUUGGAUAUUCCUAGUGGGAGUGUUUCCGAUUCUGUCAUGGCUGCCGAAAUACGAUCUACGGUUCUAUCUGCUCGGCGACAUCAUCGGAGGGCUCUCCAUCGCCAUCAUGUCCGUGCCGCAGGACGUGUCGUAUUCCAAGUAUGCCAACGCGCCCAAGGAGUUCGCUCUCUACACGAGCUUCCUGCCGCCGUUGAUGUACGCAAUCCUGGGAUCAUCAAAGCACAUGGUGAUCGGGCCGGUGUCGGUGGUGUCGCAGCUGCUGGGCGAGCAGCUGAGCGCGCAGGUGGACCCGAGUAAGGAGCCCGACCUGUACAACUCGCUGCUCACCACCACCACCUUCCUCUGCGGCCUCUUCCAACUCGCCAUGGGGCUGCUCAGAAUGGGCUUCCUGGUGGAUCUACUGAGCCAGCCCACCAUCGCUGGGUUCCUGGCAGGGUGCUCCCUCACCAUCGCACUGCAGCAGCUGAAGCCCAUUCUGGGGUACAAGGACUUCACGCUCAGCACCAGCAUUGUCAGCAUCUUCCAGGCUGUUGCCGAGUACUCCAACGAGUUCCAAUGGCGUGCUUUUGCCCUCGGCUUCUCCUUCUUUGUCGCCCUCACCAUCAUCCGCAUUCUCUCGAAGUUCUACCCAAAGAGCAAGACCCUGUUCUACGCCAAUGCACUGGGGCCCAUCUCCUCUAUAGUCAUCUCCACUAUCAUCGUGGGCACCACCGGCAUGUACAACAAGGGUGUAGCCACGGUGGGCAGCAUAAAGACGGGCAUGGGCAGCAUGUCAUCGGUGUGGGACAUUGAUCUGCACAACGAGUACACUGAUGAGGUCGCACUCAUCGCGCUCUAUGCUGCCCUCGUCUCCCUCGCUGAAUCAAUUGGCAUCGGCCGUACAUUUGCGGGCAUGUAUGGUUACCACAUUGAUGGUAACAAAGAGCUCAUAGCCUACGGAGCAAUGAACCUCUCAGGCUCCUUCACCUCAUGCUACGUCGCCACAGGCUCCUUCUCCCGCACAGCAGUGAACAUCCUGGCAGGGGCACACACAGCACUGACGCAAAUUAUCCUCUCGCUCACCAUGCUCGUCGUUAUCCUUGCAGCUGCCCCCGCCUUCAAAUACGUGCCCGCUUGUGUGGUGGGAGCUAUCAUCGCCAACUCAGUGCUAAACCUGCUCGACUUCAAGGCAGCGUUUCAGAUCUGGAGGGUGGACAAACUAGACUUCAUGGUCAUGCUCGGCUGCUUCCUCGGAAUCAUCUUCGGCUCGCCCGAGAUCGGCCUGCUAGUCGCCUCCGUGCUCUCCGUCCUCAAGCUGCUCCUCCGCAUCGUCCGCCCGCACAUCCGCCUGCUGGGCCUGCUCCCGGGCGGCGCCGCUACAGCCGUGAGCGUGCUACAGUUCCCCAACAGCACGCUAUGCGAGGGCAUUGUGAUGCUCAGGAUCGAGAGCCCGCUCUACUUCCCUGCGGCGAAUUUCUGCCGGCAGCGCAUCAAGAAGCUGUGCGACGCGUACGCGAGGGGAUACCAGCAACCCGUGCGGCACUGCAUCUUGGAUCUGAGUGUAAUGCACGACAUUGAUGUGUCGGGAAUCGAUGGGUUGAAGGAGCUUCACCGCGACCUGUCUGAGAAGAGCAUUCAGCUUUGCCUGGCCAGUGCAUCAAGGGACGUGCUGCGCAAGCUGUGGGACGCCAACUUCCUGGCAGAGAUGGGCGAGCAGUGGCUCUUCGUCACUCCCGCCGACGCUGUCAAGCUCUGUCGCUCCGUGGCGGUGGCAGCGCCGGCUGUGAAGGAGCAGGACGAGCUGCUGGCGUCCGUGCAGGUGUAUGACAUCUAG